UUUGUAAUAUCUAUACUUUUGUUAACGCAGUUAAAGAUAUUUUUUUUAGAUAUUACCAAUAAAAUGUUAAAACUAUCUAACAAAUAUACAUCACCAUGGCGAUUCUGGAUAGGUCCAAAAUUAUCUAUAUUAUUUGAUGAUCCUAAAAAUAUUGAGAUUAUAACAAAAAGGUCUAACAGUUAUGAGAAAAAUCUGAUGUAUGAUUUCUUUAAACCUAUUCUGGGUAAUGGGUUGUUUACUGCUCCAGCAUUAAAAUGGGCAACUCAUCGAAAACUCUUAARUGAAGAAUUUAAAGAAUCAAUUCGCUCAACCCAUAUGGACUCAAUAGUAAAAAAUACAAAAAGACUAGUUACAAAUUUAGAAACUACCARCGGAGAAAAUAUARAUAUCCUGCAUYASGUACAUCUAUGUACUUUSGAUAUAGUAUAUGAUAGCUUUUUAAGCUGUGAUCUUGAUUUGCAGAAAAAUCCCGAAUGCAAACUUGAUGAAUAUAUGUCAGAAAUCAUGGACAUAGGUAUGCAAAGAAUUUUUAAAGUCUGGUUACAUCCUAAUAUUAUUUUUAACAAUUCAUCUAUGGGAAAGAGAUUACAGGAACUUUAUUCUCACUUUAAUAAAAUCACGAAUGAGAUUAUACGRGAAAAAAAAGAGUCAAUGCAAAAAGAUGAAAUUACUCCAGAAUUGGAAGCGUCAGAUGCAAGAAAAAAAACAAGUACAUUUCUUGAUUUGCUAUUUAAAUCAUUUUACGAGACAGGAGAAUAUUCGGAGGAAGAUAUUCGUGAUGAAAUUCAUACAUUUGUUUUUGCAGGAAGCGACACUACGUCUGGAACACUUGCUUUYGUAUUUUUAAUGRUUGCUACAUUUCCGGAAGUUCAACAACAAAUAUACGAAGAGUURUACCAAAURUACGGUUCGAACGAUYCGGAAGAUGUUUCUAUUACACUUGAAGAUAUUAAAAAAAUGAAGUAUUUGGAGCGUGUUAUCAAGGAGACAUUACGUCUCUUCCCUGCUGGUCCUAUCAUAGGUCGAAUUUUAUCAAAAGAUUUGAGAGUGAACGAGAAUGUGGUAAUACCGAAAGAUUGUUCUCUAAUACUUCUUAUAUUUGUACUUCACCGAAACGAUAAAUAUUGGAAGGACCCUUUAACAUUUAAUCCUGAUCGGUUUUUACCAGGCAAUUACGAUCCCAAAUGUUUUUUACCAUUCAGUUCUGGAAGAAGAAACUGCAUAG